AUGGCUUUUCCGGUCAUUGAUAGGUUAAAGCAUCCCAGGCACCAAUACGAGGCAUUCGAGAGUCUAUCCAUACUGGUUGGCCCCAGACACAUUGCCAAGGGUACACUGCGCAUAAUCGAUGAUCAAGGCGCUUACGAUGUCGCCCAUGGUCGGUCAGCUGCACCUGCACCGGCGACGAGGCUGAACUUCCAACGUCGCUUCCGUCCCACUGCCCAGGCAAUUCUUCCCUCCGCAUCCUCUUCAGCGUCUCAUCUGCCCAUCAAUAUCUCCACCACCGCAUCGAAUUCCAUCAAAAACGACAUGCAGGAUGGGAAACCAAGAGUACACAAUUGGAUGGUGCACGAGACACCGGUCGAACGAAACCCCUCGGAUAACAACGCCUACACCCUCAGCCGCAUCGGUCCUCACAACAUCGUCAUCGCAAGCCUCCCGGCCGGCAUUUACGGCGAGUCGCCGGCGGCCACGGUCGCCGCGCAGAUGUUAUCGACCUUCCCUUCCAUCCGGAUUGGCCUUUUGGUUGGCAUCGGCGGGGGCAUUCCCAGCGAACAACAUGACAUCAGGCUUGGAGAUGUCGUCGUCAGCAGGCCGGAGAAAGAUGUGGGCGCAGUGGUUCAAUUCGAUCGCGGAAAGCGUCUAGGACACGGUCGGUUUAUACGCACGGGAUCCCUGAACAAACCGCCGUCGGUCCUUCUGAAUGCACUAGGGGAGCUCGAAGCCGACCACGAGCUGGGAGAAAGCAAGAUGCUUUCGUACAUGGAGGAGAUGACCGAAAAAUAUCCGAAGAUGCGCACUGAAUAUUCGUACCAAGGGAAGGCAAAUGACGUCUUGUUCAAGUCGGGCUACGAGCACCCAGAGGAUCGACCGACCUGCAAUGAAUGCGACCAUGAGCAGAUUGCACAUCGGCCCGAAAGAAAUCCUAACCCCCUGACCUACUUCGGCAUUAUCGCUUCUAGCAAUCAGGUCGUCAAGGAUAGCGUACCGCGCGAUCGGCUUGGAAGGGAACUCGGCGCUAUUUGCUUCGAGAUGGAAGCGGCAGGUCUGAUGGAUAAUUUCCCCUGCAUUGUCGUGCGCGGGAUCUCUGACUACGCGGAUUCCCACAAGAACAAACAAUGGCAACGAUACGCUGCUGCAACAGCUGCGGCAUAUGCCAAAGAACUUCUACACAAGAUACCACCGAGGCAACUGAGUCUUGGGCCUCCGGCAGCGCAGAUUCUACAUGAAAAGCUCCUGGAAACUCAUAACGAGGUGCUCACAGUUCGCGAGGAUAUUCAGACUAUUGGCCGCAGGCUUCACAUCGAUACCUUACCAAUCGCAGUCGGAGCGGCAUUCGACUCGUACGGAGAUGAACCUAGCCCACAUUGCCACCCAGACACCCGAUUAGACUUGCGUCAGGAGAUCAGCGAAUGGUCUCGAGGCUCUAGCGAAAAGACUGUGUUUUGGCUGAACGGUAUGGCUGGCACCGGAAAGUCUACGAUAGCCCGGACGGUUGCUCGCUCUUUCCAGGGCGAGGGUAGGCUUGGAGCCAGUUUCUUCUUUAAGAGAGGCGAAGGCGGCCGUAGUAACGCCUCUCGGUUCUUUACCACUAUUGCGGCACAAAUAGCUUCAAGCAUACCAGCAUCAGGAAGCCUGAUUGAAGAAGAAAUCAGAAAAAACCCUCAUAUAGCAGAUAAAAGACUGGCGGAUCAAUUCCACAGCCUAUUCGUGCGGCCACUCAAGGCCUUGACCUUACAAGCAUCGCCACCGCGCAUUGUUGUGGUUGACGCACUGGAUGAAUGCGAUGAGGUCAAUCACCUCGGAACUAUCAUUCACUUCCUUUCAAGUGCAGACGUCAGGGAGGCAGGGCUGAAAGUCUUCUUAACCAGUCGACCGGAAACACCAAUUCGUAUCGGCUUCAAACAGCUCGCCGGGGAAACGCAUCGAAGCGUAGUGCUACACGAGGUCGCCCAAAAUACUAUUCAGGAUGACAUCCGUGUGGUGCUUGAGAAAGAGUUGGGCGAGAUAGUCGAAGACUACAACGCGGUAGCUGUGUCCGCGGACACCCGCCUGCCCCUGAAAUGGCCCGGGAGCACGGCUAUCUUCCGUCUAGUCGAGAUCUCCUGCCCGUUGUUCAUCUCUGCCGCCACUAUAUGCAGGUUUUUGAGAGAUUUCAGGUUCCACCCGAAUAGUCAGCUCGCUACUUUGUUGGAGUUCCAAGGUGCUGCCAACCAUGCCACGGCCCUUCACCUGACCUAUUUGCCCAUUUUGGACCGAAUCCUGGUGGAUGGGCUUACGAAGCGUCAGCAUGAGGACCUCAUUACCAGGUUCCGUGUGGUAAUAGGAUCAAUCAUCGUUAUUGCGGAGCCUUUGUCCAUUGGUCACCUUGCCUGGCUUCUGGAUAUCGCGAAGCACGAGGUGCAGAGUAUGUUAGAACCAUUGCAUGCGGUCCUACAUAUUCCUCGAGACGACUCCCCUGUUCGUCUUUUUCAUACUUCUUUCCGUGAUUUCCUAGUCGAACGAAUUCCAGAAAACACGACCUUUCAUAUCGACAGUCCCAGUGCGCAUCGUCUUCUAUUCACCCAGUGUCUUCAUUGCAUGUACAGAACUCUAAAACCACGAGGGCUCUACAGAAACAUCUGCGGUCUCGGAUUUUCCGAGGACUUGGACGAGUUCCCUGAAGAGGAUACCCUGAGUAGGCACAUACCAAAAGAUCUCCAAUACGCCUGUCUCUACUGGGUACACCCCUUAAAACAAGCUCGGCUGGUUGUACAAGAUGGAGAUGAGGUUCAUCGCUUCUUGGAAAUUCAUCUCCUGCAUUGGAUUGAGGCAGUGAGCCUUCUCCAAAAGGCGUCGGUAAUUUUACAAAGUAUUGAUACUCUAUCAACACUGGUUGAUCAUGUUGGUAUUUAUCUCAUUGCUGAAGGAAGACCUACUGACACAAUGCUCUCCCAGACUCGCAGCGUCAAAAUGCCUUCACAACUGGCUAAAUUAUUGAAGACCCUAUCAGUCAAGUCUAACAAGCCAACUGAUGAGACUCGGCUGGCUAAGUUUCUCGACGACGCGGAGCGGUUCAUUCGUUCUAACCACGCCACACUUCAACGCGCUCCGUCCUUGAUAUAUCCCGCCUUGGCCCUCGCUCCGCGAUCCAGCAUCGUUCGACACAAGUUUCAGAAUUACUAUCCAGACUGGGUCUCUCAGGCCCCGAAUGUUCCGUGCAGCUGGGACAAAGUUGAGCUAGUACUAGACGGCGGUUCCAGUGUGUGGGCCUUAUCACACAAUGGAUCCCAGAUUGCAAUGAACGACGAGGUAUUUGACGCUGUUUCUGGCCACGUCACCGGAAGCCUGGCAGAAUCUAUCGUCAACAGCGGCAAUGCCCUAGCCGCUGAAAAGAUAAGGGGAAAGAGAAUCUGUAUGGACUUCGCAUCGGACGAUGAUAUUAUAAUGAUGAUGGAUACUGGCUAUCUUAUCACAUGGCAUUUCUCUAAUAAGGAGCUGUCGGUGCGCCAUUCUGGUUUUGAGUCGAUACAAGAGGUGGUUGUGUCUCAAGCUGGCAAACGGUUGGCCUUUUUGGCGGUUGCCUCAAAGCAAGACCUGCAAGGCGAUGAGGGCCAAUACGAACGCUCGCAUCCCAAGGCAAGCCGCGACUGGUCAUUUCGUUGUCUCACAAUUCGUUUCGACUCGCUGUCCUAUUACGCCCGGCCCGAUCAUUGGAAUGAUUCAAAGCGUCUAGCCUUAUCGACUGAUGGGAACACGGCAGCCUGGGCAUAUGAGGCCCACGAUUCUCACAGAGUUCAAGUAGUUGAUCUUACGGAGAGAAGACCCAGAAGGUCGAGGGUUCUUGAAUUUUACAGCAACAUCGACUCAUUGGCAUUAUCAUUGGAUGGGAGCAGGCUUGCAAUCAGUUUUUGGAUGGACAGCAAAGACGAUUGGUCUACUAUUCAGAUAAUAGAUGUUGACACAGCCCGCCUCAACUGCACAAUAGAUGUGAGCAUUGCAGAAUCCCUGACUCACAUGGCAUUCACAGGGGGCAGCGAUAUAAUCAUUGUUCACGCCCCCUACGGACAGGUUAGGCUUUACAACGCAAUUACCAGCUAUAAGGAGAGAAGUGAAAGUCUUAGUCCCCGCAGGAUGAUGGUCUCACCAGAUGGCUUGAGGAUAGCCACAAUGUCGGAAAACAUGCGGUACACCCAGAUAUGGAAAACCGCCACCAUAGGCAAGGUUACAAAAAAUUCUUUUUUAACAAGCAAGUAUCUCUACAAUGUCAAACCAUUUGUUGUGCUUUUGCAUGACGGCUCCAGCGCCGCAACGCUGCCACUCAACCAAGAUCACUUUGUCAUAUGGGACCCAGCAGACAGGCGGCUCAUGUACAAAGUCAAGACGCGUGCAACGCCUGCAGUUGUAGUCUUUUCGGACGACUCGAUGGCUUUUGCAGCAGCAUCGGGUAAACAUAUGGAACUGGACGAGAGCGGCGGCUCCGACGAUCAAGACAUGGAAGUAGAAGUGCCCAACUCUGAGGAGGAAGAGCGCGGCUCGUGUGAUGACACACCCCAACAUCAGCCCCUGUGUUUUGAUGAUGUGCACAAGACAGACAAGAACUAG